AUGGUUUCUGUUUCUUCUUCUUUGCUCUAUUGUCUGUCUCUUUUCUCUUUACUUCCCUUCAUUUCUUCUUCCAUAACAAUCCCAUUACAGCAUCCCCAACCAAACCAAAUCCCGUUUCAAGAUCAAUACCAAAAGCUGAACCACCUUGUCAACACCUCCCUAGCAAGAGCCCGCCACAUUAAAAAUCCCCAAACUGCCCCUACAACCACCACCACGACACCACUCUUCUCUCAUAGCUAUGGAGGCUACUCAAUUUCUCUCAGCUUUGGCACUCCACCACAAACCCUCUCUUUCAUCAUGGAUACUGGCAGUGACAUUGUCUGGUUCCCUUGCACCUCUCAUUACCUUUGCAAGCAAUGCUCUUUCUCCUCCUCCUCCUCAUCAUCAAGAAUCCAACCUUUUAUCCCCAAACAAUCCGCAUCUUCCAAGCUUCUCGGAUGCAAAAACCCUAAAUGCUCUUGGAUCCACCACACAAACAUACACUGUGAUCAAGACUGUAGUGUUAACUCCUGCCUCAACCAAACUUGUCCACCUUAUGUGAUCUUCUACGGAUCAGGCACAACUGGAGGCAUUGCACUAUCAGAAACUCUCCAUCUCCAUAGCCUAUCAAAACCCAACUUCCUUGUCGGAUGCUCCGUUUUCUCUUCCCGCCAACCCGCGGGAAUUGCUGGUUUUGGUCGUGGACUUUCAUCUUUACCAAGCCAACUUGGUCUUAGUAAGUUCUCUUACUGUUUACUCUCUCGUAGAUUCGACGAUGACACCAAAAAAAGCAGCUCUUUGGUUCUUGACUUAGAACAGUUAGAUUCUGAUAAAAAAACCAGUGCCUUGGUGUACACUCCAUUUGUUAAAAACCCUAAGGUUGAAGACAAAAGUGGUUUCUCGGUUUAUUACUAUUUGGGUCUCCGGCGAAUCACCGUCGGCGGCCGCCAUGUGAAGGUUCCGUACAAGUACUUGUCGCCGGGAGAGGAUGGCAAUGGUGGGGUCAUCAUUGACUCAGGGACCACGUUCACGUUCAUGGCACGUGAGGCUUUCAAGCCGUUGAGUGAUGAGUUUAUUACACAAGUUAAGGAUUACAAGAGAGUUAAGGAAAUUGAGGAUGCGAUCGGGCUGAAGCCUUGUUUUAAUGUCUCCGGAGCUAAAACGAUGUCGUUUCCUCAACUGAGGUUGCAUUUCAAGGGUGGUGCUGACGUGGCACUACCCGUGGAGAACUACUUUGCAUUUGUCGGUGAUGGUGGUGAGGUGGCGUGUUUGUCGGUGAUCACGGAUGGGGUGGCAGGCCCCGAGAGGGUCGGUGGGCCCGGGAUGAUUUUAGGGAAUUUUCAGAUGCAGAAUUUUUAUGUGGAGUAUGAUUUGAUGAAUGAGAGAUUAGGGUUCAAGCAAGAGAAAUGCAAGUGA